CAAGUCAGCCAGUUUUCUGCUCGCUCAACGUAAUGUCAAAACAAAGUUCAUAAUGGGUUAUCAGAGUUGAUAAAAACAUUAUUUCUUUUAUACAAUUAAACGUAUGAAGUGUAGUUGUUAAAGUAGAAAAGUAUAGAAUUCUGUUUGCCAUGAGUUUUUCAACUAUACGUACGUGUUUAUUUGAUGGUCACCGUAGAUUUUUCCAAGUAUCACAUCAAAAUUUCAGGAAAUCGGCGCAAAGUUUACAAACAAUAUUCAACUUUAAGCACUUUGACAAGAAGACCAUCCAUACUACUUCAACAAUGAACAGCCUACUCAAUGGAAACUUGUGGGAUACAGACCCUGAAUUAUUUGAAAUUAUUAAGAAAGAGAAACAUAGACAACUAACGGGACUAGAGAUGAUUGCAUCGGAGAAUUUCACAUCUGUUCCUGUGCUGCAGUGCCUUAGCUCUUGCCUACAUAACAAGUAUUCAGAAGGCAUGCCAAAUCAAAGAUAUUAUGGUGGAAAUGAGUUCAUUGAUGAAAUAGAAAUAAUGGCUCAGAAAAGGUCUUUGAAGGCAUAUAGACUGAGUGAGGAAGAAUGGGGAGUAAAUGUGCAGCCUUAUUCAGGUUCACCCGCCAACUUUGCUGUAUACACGGGUAUUGUGGAACCACAGGGCCGCAUCAUGGGUUUGCACUUACCGGAUGGUGGACAUCUCACACAUGGAUUCUUCACACCUACCAAGAAAAUUUCUGCCACUUCGCUAUUUUUCGAGAGCAAGCCCUAUAAGGUGGAUCCAAAGACUGGUCUGAUAGACUACGACAAUUUGGCGGAAUUGGCGCGUGAUUUCAAGCCGCGCGUCAUCAUCGCAGGCAUCAGCUGCUACUCGCGCUGCCUCGACUACAAGCGCUUCAGGCAGAUCGCCGACGAGACUGGAGCGUACCUGAUGGCGGACAUGGCGCACGUGUCCGGGCUCGUGGCUGCUGGUGUGAUUCCCAGUCCAUUUGAGUAUGCAGACAUAGUCUCAACCACCACACACAAGACACUGCGAGGCCCUCGCGCCGGCGUCAUCUUCUUCCGCAAAGGAGUGCGCUCCGUGGCAGCCGACGGCACCAAAGUCCUGUACGACUUGGAGAACAAGAUCAACCAAGCAGUAUUCCCCGGGCUCCAGGGAGGACCCCACAACAACGCCAUAGCCGCCAUCGCUACGGCCAUGAAGCAAGCUACGACGCCUGAGUUUAUAGAGUAUCAAAAGCAGGUAAUAAAGAACGCCAAACGCUUGUGCCAAGGGCUGAUAUCGCGGGGCUACAACAUAGCGACGGGCGGCACAGACGUGCACCUGGCGCUGGUGGACAUGCGCAGUGUGGGGCUCGCGGGGGCGCCGGCUGAGCGCGUGCUGGAGCUGUGCGGCGUCGCCUGCAACAAGAACACUGUGCCCGGCGACAAGAGUGCGCUGAACCCCAGCGGCAUCAGGCUCGGUACUCCUGCCUUGACCACAAGAGGCAUGAAAGAAGCCGAUAUCGACAGAGUAGUGGAUUAUAUCGACCGAGCUGUAAAGAUCGCGCAAGAAAUCGUUAAAGUGUCCGGACCAAAAAUCGCAAAUUUCAACAAGACUAUCGAAGAAAGCGCCGAAUUCAAAGAUAAAAUUAAUAAGCUCCAUAACGAAGUCGCUCAAUUCAGCCAGACAUUCCCACUUCCCGGUUUGGAUACAUACUAAUUUUCCCUUUAUAUCACUGUAUUUAAAUAUACCAUGAUAAGUGUAUUUGUAAGGUUAUAAUAUAAACUGCUAAAAUGCUGACUCUGUUAUUCAUAAAAAAGUUAAAACAUACUCUAAGCUAAAAUUACUUUUUGUCUCUGUCAAUUUCGAAUAUUAUAAAAGUGCUAUAGUGACAAAACAUAUUUUAGCUUAGAAAAGGUAUGUUUAAUUUUUUUUUAUGAAUGAUAAUUCAUAAAAAAAAUUGAAUAAUAAUCGUCUGAAUCUCCAAAAUUCAAAACUCCUAAACAAGACUACCAAGACUAAGAUAGCCUUCUAUAGUUAUAAGUAUAAUCUUUGUUAUUACUAUUUUAUGUUUGUAAACAUGUCUGCGGCUGUGUAUUAUAAUAUUUAUAAUAUUUUUAAUGUGUCAUCGAUAUAGUUCCCCAAAAUUGUUAUCAAUGUGUUGUUUAUAAGAGUAUGAAAUAAAUUUCGUUAUAUUCACAUG